AUGACGACUGAAGUCAACAUGGAGAAGAAGAUUGAGAGCAAUGCUGGUGAUGCAAAGAGCAUUGCCGGACGGGAGGAGCAGUGGCGAGGCUUGAGGAGGGUUCCGGAUAAGUUGCCCAAGAUUGCAUUGUUGAUCUUGGCUGUCGAGCUCGGUGAGCGAUUUACCUACUUUGGUCUCUCUGGACCGAUCCAGAAUUACAUCAACAAUCCGUAUGACCCAAGCUCCGACCUUCCAGGCGCUCUUGGAAAGGGUCAAGCCGUCGCAACAGCCCUCGGCAACUUCUUCAAGUUCUGGGCCUACGCUUCAACAGUCAUCGGCGCUAUCGUCGCCGACCAGUAUCUCGGCAAGUUCAGAGCCAUCUGCUGCGCAUGCGUCAUCUAUGUCAUCGGCCUCGUCAUUCUUGUCUCGACUUCAACACCUACAGCCCUCCUCAAUAACGCUGGACUCGGUGGUCUUGUCGCUGCUAUGAUCACCAUUGGUCUGGGCACUGGCGGAAUCAAGGCGAAUGUUACGCCUAUGUGUGCUGAGCAGUAUCAGCAUUCGCAUCCUGUCCUCAAGACUCUCAAGUCAGGAGAGGAGGUCAUCGUUGAUCCGGAGCUCACUGUUCAGCGGCUCUUCAUGUGGUUUUAUUGGGUCGUCAACAUCGGAGCUCUUUCACCGCUCAUCACUGUCAAUGUUGAAGCUCACCAUUCGUUCUGGCUAGCUUACUUGGUUCCCUUAAUUGCCAUUCUCAUUUCUGCCGCUGUCUUCAUCUCGGGUCGAAACAAGUACAUCCGCGUCCCCCCAGUUGGCUCCGCCAUUCUCGACGCCUGCCGCACAACUAGCAUCGCCAUCAAGGAAAAGGGGUUCGAUAAUGCACGACCAUCAGCCCUUAGAGCAACAGGUCACAAUGAUAAAUACCCAUUGGUCAGCCAAGAGAGAUAUACUGAUGAGUAUGUUGGAGAUGUUCAGCGGGGACUCAAGAGCUGCAAGAUGUUCCUGUUCUUCCCAUUCUACUUCAUCUGCUGGAACCAGAUGUGGAACAACCUCAUCUCCCAAGCUGGAACCAUGGCUCUCCAUGGAACACCAAAUGACCUUCUCCAGAACCUCGAUCCCAUUGCUCUUUGCUUCUUCAUUCCGUUCCUCGACUGCAAAAUCGACUUCGACCCCGUUACCCGCAUCUUCAUGGGUUUCAUGUUCGCCUCAAUCUCCAUGGCAUACGCCUGCGUUCUCCAACACUACAUCUACAAGUCACCACCAAACAGCAUCCACGUCUGGAUCCAAGCACCAUCCUAUAUCCUCGUGGCGUUUUCUGAAGCUUUUGUUAUCAUCACAGGUCUCGAGCUCGCUUUUACCCAAGCUCCCAAGAACCUCCGAUCUGUCAUCUCAGCCCUGUUCUGGUUGACCAUCGCCGUUGCUGCUGCGAUCUGCAUUGCCCUCGGUGCAGUCUCUCAGGAUCCAUAUCUCGUGUGGAUGUAUGGAGCCGUAGGAAUUUCAGGAUUUGUUGCUGGUUGCGCAUUUUACGCUUGCUUCUAUAAGGGGCGGAAACAACAUCUUUCCCGAGACGAGAUUGUCAUCGAAGGCAGUUUAGGGAACUAG